CAAAAUGCGGCCAUUAACAGAAGAAGAAAGCAAGGCGGUGUUCUCGAAACUGGCCAACUAUGUGGGGAAGAACCUUGUCCAUCUCAUCGACCGAUCCGACACACCGCACUGUUUUCGACUGCACAGAGAUCGCGUGUACUACGUCUCUGAGUCACUCAUGCGCCUUGCGGUGUCAGUUGCACGACCCAACCUUGUCUCCCUUGGGACUUGCCUGGGCAAGUUUAGCAAGUCCGGCAAGUUUAGGCUUCAUAUAACAGCGCUUGAUGUGCUGGGGCAGUAUGCAAAGCAUAAGGUGUGGAUAAAACCAAAUGGAGAGAUGCCUUUUCUCUACGGGAACCAUGUCGUGAAGGCGCAUCUCGGUCGUAUAACGGAGGACACACCAGAGCAUCAAGGAGUCGUCGUAUAUAGCAUGAACGAUACUCCAUUAGGCUUUGGUGUGACAGCGCGGUCUACACUGGAUACUAGAAAACUGGACCCAACAGCAAUUGUCGUGUUCCACCAGGCGGACGUGGGAGAGUAUUUGAGAGACGAGGACACGUUGUUUUGAUCUAUGCAUCCGUCUUUCUUCUAAUGUACUUCUACUGCACAUUCGAAGUGAUUAGCCUAAUACUAUUGUC